GGUACCUUCGUGCGAUUGGGAUGCAUAAUUAUAUGAACUCGCAACUCGCCCGAGUCAACCCAUCCCCCAAACUCCAAUAACCGUGUGCACGUUAGAAAGAUCUCGACACACAGGCCAAGGCUGAAACCAAAAGCUAGGGUUUUGCAGAUCCAGAAGAAAUGGCCGAUGGGUACUGGAACCAACAACAACAACAACUUAUGAAUCCUGCGGCUGGCAUGCUCAAACGACCUCGCUCUGAUUACGAACUCCCACCUACUGGAGUUCCUUCUGCCCAUGAGAUGCAUAACUAUUUGGCGCAAGAUGAUGGUGGCGUUGGUCCUCGGGGUUUGAAGGACACACAAACAAUUGGAUCAGCUUAUGACCGAUACCUCCAACAUUCUCAACUUACUUCUGGGGAAGCUAGUAAUAUUGGUGGAGUAAGGAUGGGUGGUGGAGGGACUGGUAAUCCUCUAACAGAUCCUGCUGCAAUGGGUCUUUCUGGGGCUGUUCGUUCAGAUGCAGCACCGAAUGGUCGAGGUAUGAGUUUUGGUGGCAGGCUACCAAUGGAUGCACUGAAUGGUCGAGGCAUGAGUUUUGAUGGUAGGCUUCCAGUGGAUCCACGGAGUGGUGGAGGCAUGGGUUUUGAUGGCAGGCUUCCUGUUGAUGCAAUGCCUAGAAUGAGUCGUGAGACAAUUCCUCUCCCUCCAGAUGCUUCCAAUACUCUGUAUGUUGAGGGGCUUCCUUCUGACAUCACUAGGAGAGAAGUGGCUCAUAUUUUCCGCCCAUUUGUGGGGUAUAAAGAAGUAAGACUUGUGAGCAAGGAGUCCAGACAUCGUGGUGGAGAUCCUCUUAUCCUUUGUUUCGUGGAUUUCACCAAUCCGGCCUGUGCAGCAACAGCUUUGAGUGCCUUGCAAGGCUAUAAGAUAGACGAGCACGAUCGAGAUUCUGCCUACUUGCGACUGCAGUUCUCGAAGAACCCAGGCCCAAGGUCUGGCUCUGGCUCUGGGCCUCGGUCUCGUGGGAAGAGGUAGAUAGGCUUCAGAUGAGGGCGCCACCUGGUCGAGUCCGAUCACACAUUUGCUUAUUGUAACAUUCAUAUGCUUCCUCCUUCCUGUUUUAGUUUGUCUUUGAUGUAUCGCACUAAGAGCAUGCCAUUUUGGUUGCUCAACUCUAGCUAUUUUAACCAUGAAACGUUUGGUAAAUUAAAACGUCUUUAAGGUGGGGAGGUUAAUUUGGUUUAUGCAAUUAAAAGAUAGAAUUUCUGUUUGAGUAGAACGGUAUGAUUUUCAGGUUUUUGGGAAAGAGAAGUUUGUUUGUUGUA